AUUAGAGAGUAAUUAAAGCAGAAGGGGAAUAAAAAACCAAAACAUAAAUCGGUUAAAAAAGCCGCUUUCAAAAUAACAAACCACAAAAGUGUCGGCCAUGAUGAAGUAUGGAUUCUGUGACAAGUGAACUUAGUGAAAAGAACACAAACAACAAUACAGAAAUCAAUAACAACAACUCAGCGGCGUUCAACAACAACAAUUCAACAACAAUCCACAAUAAUUACAGGAUCAACCUAAGCCACAACCAUUCAACAACGUUUAAUCACCAUCCAACAACGUCGUUCAACAACAAUCAAAUCAGAAACUACAACAACAGCGGCCACAUCCACCAAAAUUUAGGCUGCAUCAUCCCCAACAAUCUAACCUGCAACAUUCACAAUUGCAGCAGCAAUAUCCUACCAAUCCUCUCCAGCAAUAUGAACACCACAGCCAUGUUGAUGCACCAUCAACAGCAGCAGCAGGCCGCCGCCGCGGCAGCAGCUGCAGCAGCCGCCCAACAGCAGCAACAACAGCAGCAGCAGCAGCAGCAACAGCAACAGCAGCACCAGCAACAGAAUGGCCGCGACGGCAGCAACAGCUCUCGAGGAGCCAACGAUGAUCGACCCAAUGGACGGAGCUCUCACACGGGCCGCGGCUCCAGCUGCUCGCCGGCCAGCUCGCCCAGCCGCCAUCCCAGCGCCGUGAGUCCUGUCAGCUCCCUGAAUCACUCGAUGAUGGCCCAAAUGCAACAGCAACAGCAGCAGCAACAACAACAACAGCAGCAGCAACACCAUCAGCUGAGUCCCCCGCCGCAUGUGGGAGCGGGUGGCAUGCCCACGGGCAAUGGCCUGCCCGCUGGACUGCCACCGAGAAUGCCGCACGGACUGCCACCGCAUUCGCUGGGUUUGCUCAACUCGCUGCAGAUGAUGCACCAUGCCUCGCCGCUGGAGCUGAUGGCUGCCGCCCAUCACCAUGUGCCGCCGCGAUCGUACAACUCGCCGCCGCCCAUCUCCACCUCCGAUCCGAGCGCCAACGAGUGCAAGCUGGUGGAGUACCGCGGCCAGAAGGUGGCCGCCUUCAUCAUCAGCAACGAGACAAUGCUCUGCCUGCCGCAGGCGUUCGAGCUCUUCCUCAAGCAUCUGGUGGGUGGCCUGCACACGGUAUACACGAAGCUGAAGCGCCUGGAUAUUGUGCCCUUGGUGUGCAAUGUGGAGCAGGUGCGAAUACUGCGAGGCCUGGGGGCCAUCCAGCCGGGCGUCAAUCGCUGCAAGUUGCUCAGCUGCAAGGACUUCGAUGUGCUCUACAGGGACUGCACCACAGCCAGAUGCCUAUCGAUCAAGCCACCAGAGAGUUCCAGACCGGGUAGACCGCCCAAACGAGGACCCGUGGGGCUCUCCCUGCCGCCCAGCCAUCUAUCACAGCAUCCGCAGCUGAAGAAGCAUCGCCUGGACAACGGUGACUAUGCCUAUGAGAAUGGACAUAUUAGUGAUAUGAAUCGACUGGAGAAGUCGCCACUGCUGGCUAAUGGCUACAAUCCGCCGCCCAUCAAUCACAUGGCCUUUAUGCAAAUGAAUGCCCAUCAUCCUGGUGCGGCGGCUCUGAUGUCCCCCGGCAUGCCACCUCAUGGCCUGCAUGCCCGGCCCGAGAGCCAAAUGCUGAAGGCCGCCGCCCAGAAUGCGGGCAUGUCCGCUGCCAAUAUGGACGCCCUUGCCCGUUCAGGUAUCUGGGAGAAUUGCCGUGCAGCCUACGAGGAUAUUGUCAAGCAUUUGGAGCGUUUGCGAGAGGAGCGAACGGAUGACCGGCAGCAGGUGAUGGGCGUCAGUGGCGCCGUUGUGGAUCGUGUGGGCCAUGUCAUGGUCGGCGAUGUGAAGCCCAGGGAUCUCAGUUCAAGGAAUUGCUCCCCCACGCGUCAGAGUCCGGUGUUGAAUUUAAGCAAAUCUGGCGGCAACACCGAUCAUGGUGGCAGCAAUUGUGAUGCUGGCAGUGAGCGUAGCGACUGUCAUUCGGUGGCAGGUUCCCCCAGGGGCUCACGCAGCCUGGACGAGGGCAGUCGCAGUGGCGGCGUCGGCGGUGGCAUUAUCGGUGUCGAGGAUGACGAGGAGGAAGAGGAGAACCUGAGCGACGAGAAUCAAUCUGAAGCCGAUGAACGCUGCCUGGCCAAAGACGAUGAGGAUUUGAGUGACACGGAACGUGAUAAUCUGUCCACGGGUUCGGCGGCCGCCGCUGCAGCAGCAGCCGCGGCUGCAGCGCAUCUCCACCAGCAUGCAGCAGCCGCCUCGCAUCAUCAUCAGGCAGCAGCCGCGGCGGCCGUUCACCACCUCGGAGUGGUGCCGCAACGCGGCUCCCCUUCCGCGGAGGCAGCCGCUGCCGCCGCCCUCCAACAUCAGCGCGCCAUCAACUACUCCCAACUGGCGGCAGCUGCUGCGGUGGCCAAUGGGGCAGGUGCUGCUGUGGUCAAUGGUCCACCUGGCGCCGGUGGCGGUGGCGCCCUCACCCCCAACGAGGCGCUGAUGGCUGCUAAUGAUGCCACCGCUGCAGCAGCCCUGGCUGGCGGCCUGGCCCUGGGUCCUCUUGGCAUCGAUGCCCAUGCCGCCGUGCCCGCCAGCUCAACGGAGACGUUGCUGAGGAAUAUCCAGAGUCUGCUCAAGGUGGCAGCCGAUAAUGCCCGGCAACAAGAGCGUCAAAUCAGCUACGAAAAAGCGGAGCUCAAGAUGGAUGUGCUGCGGGAGCGCGAGGUGAAAGAUUCGCUGGAGAGACAACUUGUGGAUGAAAGGAAAUUAAGAGUGCUCUACCAAAAACGCUUCCGACGAGAGCGCAAGAUACGCAUUCGCUACCAGCAGCAGCUCGGCGGCGGCCUUAAGGUCAGCACUUCCAAUGCCAAUGGCAAUGGCGGUGGCGCCUGCAGCGACGCGGAGGUGUGCGGUGGCAGCAUCGUCGGCGAUGUGAAGUGCAACAACAGCAGCAGCAAUAGCCGCGACGGCGUCGAGGCGCUCAAAGGUAAUCGCGGCGGCAGCGAAAAGUCUGACAAGUCCCUCAGCUCCUCCUCCUGUGAUGUGACCGGCCGUCACGGCCUCCACUGCAGUCGCAGCCUGCUCCGAAUCCCCACCCACUUCAAGCGCGAGCCACACUCCGACCACGAGGGAUCCAUGGAGCGCCAGCCCCGCGCCCCCUCUGGCCCCGAGGACGAACCGCGCUGCGGCAGUCGCGAACGGGACGAACGGCCUCCAAGUGCUGCUGCUGUGGCCGCCGCAGCCGCUGCCGCUGAGGGAAGUCUUGCCGCAGCAGCGGCGGCAGCAGCAGCGGCCGCUGCCAGCAAUGGCAAGGGCCCUUGGAGCUAUCCAGGCAUCGAUCUGAUGGCCACCGGCGCCUUCUGGCAAAACUAUUCCGAAUCUCUAGCCCAAGAGCUGGAAAUGGAGCGCAAAACGCGUGCCGCCAAUGCCGAGCGGGAUGUGAAGAGUCCGCUGUCAGAGCGGCCGACGGCUUACUACAAAAAUUCCGUGCUCUUCGGCAGCGCCAACUAAACCCACAACAGACGAUCCCAAACCGAUUGCAGGCUAGGUAAGCGAUGCUCCAGGUGGUGGCACGUGGCAAGGACAUUUAUGAUCUCAGAGUGCAAUCCAGGCGACGGCUGCUCUUGAGUGGGAGUGCUGUGGUGGGGCCCGAGACCACACAACAACAAAAUACAUUUGUAAAUAUCAAAACCUAAGAGUAAUGAAGUAGAAUUUGAGAAUUUUUAACGUUGCAAACGUUGGAGCGGCCAUUUUGUAUAUAGAUCGUACAUAGUGAAAAUAUGAAAGAACUUCCGAUAUGCAGUUAGAAAGCUUAGAUCGAAUAAUAUCCCAGUUGUAAGCUUGCGUUGUACAUAGAAAGCAGUUACGAAAGACUUUUGGAUGGAGUUUAGAGAUUGGAAAACACUUGAAGCUGGCAUAGCAUUUAGCAUCCCUCCCCCAGAAAAAGAAAACGCAAAGAAGGAAUACCAUUUUUAGCAUUGCUUAUAAACACUACGAUAUAGCUUCAAUUUGAGUAUAUUUGGAUAUAUCUCAGUAUGUAUGUAACCACAUGUAAUUGCGUAUACAUAAAACCUAAAGAUAUACAUAGAUUUAGUAUAUGAAAUAAAUGGUACAUUUUACGAGCCGCUUUUUAGUGUUUUAAAUGGAGAUGAUGAAUCUAUGAUUUACUUUUACGACGUACGAGUACAUUUUUUAAAGCUAAGAUUUUAAUUUAUUCACUAGCCUAGCGCAAGAGUGCAUUAAGCCCGUAAUAAGUACUAACAGAAAGAGGAUAGCAUCUAAUACAAAUUAACUUCAAGUAUUUCACUUCAAGUAAUUCAUAUUAUAU